UUUCCCAGAAUUCUUCUAAAGGGAAAUGUGUCCGCUCUCUAAAUCGGUCCGUCCCGUGUCAGCGCGGAAAGUAACGUGCACUCCUGCCCGAGAAGUGACUGAAAAAGCGUUUAUCAUCACUACUGAGAUUAAAAUCGAAGCAUGACAGAGCCUUUGGCCCAGCGAAUACAGGAGCUGGAGGCAGAGCUGGAGAAGCUCAAGUACCAGCUGAAAGAGAGGAGCAAAGCUGGAGGUGACCCGGACCUGAUCUCCAGUGCACCUCCAAACGAAAACACACACUGCAGACCUGAUGGUCACUUCAACAACAGCAGCAAAAAGGGAAAGAAAGCAGGCAAAGAGCGUCCUUUUGACUUCUCAGCCCACCCUCGGCGCCACGUGGCUCUGCGGCUGGCUUACCUGGGAUGGGCCUACCAGGGCUUUGCAGUUCAGGAGAACACAGACAACACUGUGGAAGCCAGACUCUUUGAAGCUUUGCUAAAGACUCGGCUGAUUCAAGACCGACAGAGCUCCAACUACCACCGGUGUGGUCGCACCGAUAAGGGAGUCAGUGCGUUCUCUCAGGUCAUAACCAUCGAUUUGCGCUCCACACAGUUUUGUGGGGGAUUGGGCGUCACACUCCCUGAAAAUGUUGACGUAAGUGCCAAGAAUAAAGCAUCUGGCACCGAGCUUCCAUAUGUGAAGAUGCUGAAUAGAGUCCUGCCCCAGGACAUCAGGCUCCUGGACUGGGCACCAGUACCAGAGGGCUUCAGUGCACGCUUUGACUGUCAGUCUCGCACAUACCGGUACUACUUUCCCCGAGGAUCUUUGGAUGUGGCGUUGAUGGCAGAUGCUGCAAAAAGAUAUGAGGGCACUCACGACUUUCGCAACCUGUGCAAAAUGGAUGUGGGCAACGGAGUCCUGCAGUUUGAGAGGACCAUCUUGUCGGCAUCAGUCAAGCCUGUGCAGCCCCAGCACACCUCCAGCACAGGCCAAUAUGACCUCUUCAUGUUUGAGAUCAAAGGACUGGCUUUCCUUUACCACCAGGUACGAUGCAUGAUGGCACUGCUUCUCCUGAUUGGGCAGAAACUGGAAGCCCCAGAGAUAAUUAAUCAGCUCCUGGAUGUUCAGAGUAACCCCAGGAAGCCUCAGUACAGCAUGGCAGUCGACUACCCUCUGGUGCUGUACGACUGCCACUUUGAAGGUUUGAGCUGGAAACAGGAGAAAGAAGAGGUGAAUCACGUCCUGUCUGCGCUACAGCAACACUGGACACAGAGUGCGGUCAAGACCCACGUCCUCCAUGGGAUGAUCCAGGGUUUGGAGGCCAUAGGUGGAGAAUCCUCUAACCAUUGCUGGCUAGUGGAAGGUAGCAGGCAGAAAAACUACCGGCCCCUGCUGGAACGUCCAUGCUGCGAGAGCCUGGAGUCCAGGAUAAACCAUUUUGUCAAAAGAGGCAGGCUGGAGUGGGAGGAAGGGGAGAACGGGGGUGAAAUGGUCCACAGAGGGAAAAGGUCCAGACAUUCCCAGAAUUGCCCCAGUCUCCCAGUUUCUGCGGAGAUGCCGUCAUCAAAAGGAAGUACAGCUCAAAAGACAGAAGAUUGAUAUUUUCUCACAGGACUUGCCAAAAUGAAAUUUGUCAUAAUUUUUUAUUUCAGGAAACAAAACAGUGGAUUUUUCUGUUGUGUAUAAUAGGAAAAUGUAUUUACCUUUACUUCCAUGUAAAUAUCCAUUUGAUUUGGAAAUAAACGUGUUUUGAAAGAA